AUGGAGAGGCAAGGCCCGGGAGAGAAGCCGGCAAACGCUAAUAGGACUGUAGCCACCACCCCCAUCACAUCAGCUGCCGUCACCAUGGCAACUGUCUGCUCCGGCAGCUCCACGUGCACCCAGGCGCCCUCUACUUCCCUGAACAUCAUCUCCCCCGAGAGACAGGCAGUCCAGGUGAUCCAACACGCCAUCCACAGACCUCAGAGCAUGGCGGCUCAGUAUCUGCACCAGAUGUACGCAGCCCAGCAGCAGCACCUCAUGCUGCAGACAGCCGCCCUGCAGCAGCACCAGCACAGCCCUCACCUGCAGAGUCUGGCCACCAUACAGCAGGCUUCAGUCUGUCAGCGGCAGUCGCCUUCUUCAUCUGGUGGCAGUUUGGUUCAUCAGCCCACUGGUGUUUCCCAAAACUCAAUUACUUUACCAGCAUCUCCAGUGACAGCCCAGCUGAUUGGCCGAACCCAGACAUCCACCGGUGCUGCGACCACCAUAUCCCAGCAGGCCAUGCUCCUGGGAAACCGACCGGCCAACUGUAACCAGGCUCAGAUGUACCUUCGCACUCAGAUGCUUAUUCUAACCCCAGCCACGGUGGCUGCAGUUCAAUCAGACCUCCCUGCUGUCACCUCCUGCUCCUCUUUACCUACCUCCUCUCAGGUGCAGAAUCUCGCUCUGCGUGCCCACUUGCCUGGAGCUCUGGCCACAGCCCAUGGUGUGAUCCUAAAGCCAUCCGCCCAGUCACAAGGCCUGACUCCCACCACCUCUUCAUCCAAGACGUCAAUCUGCGGGCUGAAAGCCAAUCAGCUGACUGACACCUCAACAGAAACCGGACUGACUGAUGUUACCCGGCUGGCCUCAGGACCCCAGAUUAUAACGCCAGCCUACUCUCCAGUGCAGACCAACGCUCUGGUCAAGCAGCAGCUGUCCUGUGCGUCGGGCCAGCGGGUCGCGCACCACCAGCUCAUCCUCCAGCAGGCUGCAGGAGGAACUCCAAACCACAGGCAGCUGCAUCCCAUCGCUCUCAGAGUAGCACCUCAAGAAAUCAACUCCAACCCUCUUCCUCUUUCAGUGAAAAGACUCACCACUCCCAGCACUCUAUCCAAAACCAACAACGACCUCCAUGCCCCUUCUUCUUCUUCGUCCUUUACCAGCGUGUUUGCAUCCUUAGCUCAGACCUCGAUCCCAGCUGCCACCGUUCAGCCUCAGCCUCCUCCUCUGGUGGCAGCUCCGCAGCGGCGGACGUCAUUCCCACAAGUUCAGAACCAACCUCCACCUCCUCCUCCGCCUCUGGUUCUCCCCAGGCUGCCCCGGAACCCCCCAGCCUCCCUUCAGAGGCUGUCCCUGCACUCGGUCCAGGCUCUGGCCGUCCAGUCUGGACGGAUGCUGCUGACAGAGCAGCAGCUACCUGUAGCAGAGGCUCUGGUCCAGAUGCCCUACCAGAACCUCACACCUCCUCAGACGGUGGCUGUUAAUCUGAAAGUGCAUCGAGUCAGACACAAUGAAACUCCAUCGUCGGGGCAAACGUGCAAAGUGAAUGGCUUGAGCUCAGAGGAGAGGAAAGAUGUAUGUUCUCCCAGUCCACAGCGAGAGAGGACCCAGACACCUCUCACUCGGCCUCCUAAGCAGAAUGGCGCAGUCCCGGGUUCAUCCUCCAUCAUAUCCAGUCGCUCAGUGAUCAGGGCCCCUGUGGUGGAAGAACCCUCCCAGCUCACCACCACCAGCCGCAUCCUUCCUCCUCCAUCUUCUCCUCUACCUCCUCCCGUCCUGCCAGCAGCAGUGAGAGGUCCCAGCCAGCCCCCGUCCUCCCCAGCCAGCGUCCCAGGCAGCCCUGACCGGAUACUAACAACUCACGUCCUUACGCACCUCAUAGAGGGCUUCGUCAUCCGAGAGGGCCUGGAGCCGUUCCCGGUGGUCUCCACCUCGCUGCUAGCAGACCAGCAGGCUUCACUUCCUGAAUCCCAGGAGACACAAACGAACGGGGAUGCAGAGGCAGAGGACAGUCCGCUGGACGCUGACCAGUCGGAUUCAACUGACUCGGAGAUGGAAGACGAUGGCCCUGCAGCAGAUGGUAAGCCCUCUGAAGUUGCAGACAGUGUGGCAGGUGUGCUGCAGUGUGAGUUCUGUGGGAGUCGAGGUUACGCUCACACGUUCCUGCGCUCCAAACGCUUCUGCUCCAUGACGUGUGUCAGAAGGUUCAGUGUGAGCUGCAGCAAGCGUAUCACUGUGCUGAGAGCAGGUCGCUGGGGUCACAGGCCGGUGGGCAGGAGAGGACGACCCCCCAGCAGCAGAGUCAACGGAGCCUCCAGAGAACAUUUUAUGAAACGGGCUUGUGGGUCGUUUGGCUCGGAGGGGAGCCGUCAAAGCUCCCUGAGAGAGGAGGAAGAGCAGGACGAAGAAGAGGACGACGAGCCUCCCGUUCCCAUGACAACCAGGCUCCGGAAACAUGCUGAGCGAGAGAGGGAGAGGGAGAAGGAGCAGGAGCAGAGGAUGACAGAAACGAUCAGUGUUUCUGACGGAGAAGAAGACGCCGGCUGUCCGUCUCAGUGGAACGUAGAACAAGUGUUUUCUUAUAUCAAUUCCCUGCCAGGGGGUCAGGAUGUAGCCGAGGAGUUUCGCUCCCAGGAAAUAGACGGACAGGCUCUGCUGCUUCUAACCGAAGACCACCUCGUCAGCACCAUGAACCUUAAACUGGGACCUGCACUCAAACUGUGUGCCCACAUCAAUUCUCUGAAAGAUGCAUAAACAUGUUAACAUCCCUUCUCCCCAAGAACGGAUGUGUGUUGAUGAAGAAAAACAGGAGGACGGGGUCUCGAAAAAAUGAAGGACUAUCCAUUUUGUUGUGGUCUGACUUGUCCUUGGACUUACACACAGAUAGUUAAACACACAGACAGUUAAAACACACACAGAGUGGAUCGUGUUGAACUGAAAUCACGAAUACACAGACUUCAGUUUUUAUUGAAACCACUGCCAAGCAUUUCACUCCUGA